AUGACACAAAAUCUCGGUUCAGAUAUCAAGCCAUGGGCCCGCUCCGCGCCCAAAGGAUACAAAUUUAUCAACGCCAACAUUGUCGAUGUUUUAUCUGGCACACUAAAGGAGAAUCUGACCCUCAUUACAUCGGAGGGAAGAAUCUCCUAUCUUGGCCCGGAAUCAUCAGUGCCCGUUACGCCCCAAGAAUUGGAAAUUGUGGAUUGCCAAGGCAAAUACCUGAGCCCAGGCCUCUUUGAUGCCCAUGUUCAUUUAUGCGCAGUACCAGGCUUCAGUGAUUUGUCCAAAGCCUUCGGAAAUCCAAAUGACGUACAUCUGUUGCGUCAACCGUACACCGCUUCUCAGAUGCUGCACCGUGGUUUCACAAGCAUCCGUGACUGCGGCGGUGCGCAACUCGCCUUGAAAGAAGCCAUCGAAGAUGGUGUCUUCCCAGGCCCGAGAGUCUUUAUAUCCGGACAUGCGUUGUCGCAAUUCGGUGGUCAUGGUGAUCUGCGGGGCUCCCACGAGCCCACGGAAUGCUGCGGCGGCACGCACAGUAAUAACCAUCUUGGCCGGAUGUGCAAUGGUGUUCCAGAAUGCAUGUCUGCCGUCCGCGAAGAAAUUCGUUGUGGCGCAGAUUUCAUUAAAAUCAUGGGCUCGGGUGGCGUUGCCUCUCCCACUGAUAAGCUGGAGCAUCUUCAGUUCACAUCUGCUGAAAUUCAAGCGAUGGUAGAAUGUGCAGAUAACGCCGGCACGUUUGUUACCGCGCAUGCAUACACAGUCAAGGCUAUCCGGCAUUGUAUCGACAACGGUGUUCGCGGCAUCGAGCAUGGUAACUUUGUUGACCCGCCCACGGCGAAGCUCAUGGCUGAGAAGGGUGUUUACCUGACACCGACGCUGAUCGCAUAUGCCCAGAUGGCAUCGGAGCGGUGGAAGGAUUAUCUACCCAUUGAGUCGCAGGUGAAGAAUACCGUUGUUCUCAAAUCGGGACUUGAUGCUCUACGAGUUGCAUCAGAGGCGGGUGUCACUAUGUGUUAUGGCUCUGAUUUGCUAGGGCCGCUUGGAUCUGCGCAAACACAUGAGUUUGCUUUACGGUCGCAAGUGUUGACUUCUUUGGAAGUAUUGCGCAGUGCGACUGUCAAUCCAGCUAAGAUGAUGGGAUGUGAAUCCGAACUUGGGCAGAUCAAGGAAGGAUUCCAUGCCGAUGUUGUUAUCUUGAACAAGAAUCCGCUAGAGGAUGUGACUGUCUUCGACAGGCCCGAUGAGCAUGUGUUGGGUGUGAUGAAAGACGGCCGUGUAUAUAAGAGCAGAUGGGCGGGCUUGCUUGAAGAUGGGCAAAUCCCUGUGAAAGUGCAAUGA